AUGAAUGGUAAUAGUUCCAUAGUGGUGCCUAAGUCCAGUAAUUCUGGCACAAAUGCGAUCCCAAAUGGAUCUCUGGGAUCUGCAUCUCCAGAUGCACCUGUGCCUUAUUAUCCUGUUCCUCGAACCAAAGAACAAUUAUUUGGGUUGUUGAGUCAAUAUCAGCAAUUAUCUAAAUCAUAUAAUCAAGCCAAGGCAAGACACGAGCAGUAUGUGGCCUUCACCGAAAGUAAAAUCAGUGGUAUAAUGAGUGAUGAUGGAGGGAUGAAGCCUCAUGUACCUCUAGAAAAGUCUAUAUUUGUUGACCCAACAAGAGCAAAUCGUUCUGCUAUAGAAGACAUCCUUAGACAAGUUAGUCAUAAAUAUGAGACUUUUACCAAGAAAGAAGCAGACUUAUAUCUCCAGAUUAAGCAGGCGAUCAAUUCCCUGAGUAAUGAAGUGGAUUCUGACUUAUUAAAAGAUCAAAUUAUAGGUUUACAAUUAUUAUCCAAAGAUAUCGAUCUACCUGAAACUUUACAAACAAAAUUGUCUAGUCAUAGUGAGGAAGGAGAAGCAGCAAAGGAGGGGAAGCUGGUUAUUCAACCAACGGAGACUACUGAAGAUGAAAAAUUGGCUGCUUCUCUUGAUAAUGCUAUUGAACAAUUGACAAAAAUGUCACCUAUGGAUAGCUUUGUUGAUAGAAUCGCUCUGUUGGGAAUUAACUUAACUCAUGAUCUGGUAUCUACACCUGAAUCAAUUACUGCUAACUUAUCAGAACCAACUCUGAGUAAUCUGAUGUCAUUACCAUUAGGCAAUUAUAAGCGUGAGACUUGUGUAUCAGCCAAAUUGACUAACAUUAUAAAGGAAUUGGAAAGCAUUCCUGCAAACAUUGGAAGUUUUGAUUUUGAAAACUUGGAGAAUCCAAGUGAUGAUAUUGAUAGUCUUAAGCUUGAUGCAUUAAUUGAAUUGAAAUCACUUCGAGUUUUAGCAAAGCAAAAAAGUUUACGGAAAGCUGUUGUGGUCCAUGAAUCUAGUAAUGCUCAUAAUACAAAUGAUUUGGCCAAGAUGCCCUUAAUCUCUCAAUCAAAACGUGCCAUCUAUGUACGUCCAAAAUACCAACAACCUAAUCCACAUUUAUUAGCUGUGCAAUUAGAAGAGAAACAAAAAUUAGAAGCCAAAAGGAAGAAGCAUUUGGAACAUGUUGAAAAGGUAAGACAGAUUUUGGAAAGUUCCAUUAACUUUAUUAAUGGGAUCUUAAACCAACGUAACAAAAGAAUUAGCAUUGGUAAAUUCGUUACUAAUUUCCAUGCUCAAACAGAGAAGGACGAGCUGAGGAAAUUAGAGAAAACCGCAAAGCAACGUUUGCAAGCAUUAAAGGCAAACGAUGAAGAAGCCUAUAUUAAAUUGUUAGAUCAAACUAAAGAUCACAGAAUUACUCACUUGUUAAAACAAACUAAUCAGUUCUUGGACACUUUGGCUCAACAAGUUAGAGACCAACAAGCUGAACUGGGAGCAGACAUUCCCUUAUUGGAGAAUGAUAAAGGCGCUAAACCAGAAGAAAUCAAAGAGGAUAGCGUAGAGGAAUUAAGAGAGAAGAUUGACUAUUAUCAAGUAGCCCACAGAAUAAAGGAAGAAGUCAAGGUACAACCAUCUAUUUUAGUUGGAGGGAAGUUGAAAGAUUACCAACUCAAAGGUUUACAAUGGAUGGUUUCCUUAUAUAAUAAUAAGUUGAAUGGUAUUUUGGCAGAUGAAAUGGGGUUGGGUAAGACCAUCCAAUCCAUUUCAUUAAUUUCUUAUUUGAUUGAAAUCAAACACGAAGAGAAAUUCCUAGUGAUUGUUCCGUUAUCUACAAUUACAAAUUGGACUUUAGAAUUUGAAAAAUGGGCCCCAAGCAUCAACGUUAUCGUUUACAAAGGUUCACAGGAACAACGGAAAGAAUUACAAAUGGAUGUACGUAUAGGGAACUUCCAAGUGAUGUUGACAACAUACGAAUAUAUUAUUAGAGAACGGCCCUUAUUGGCUAAAUUCAAUUACUCCCACAUGAUCAUCGACGAAGGUCACAGAAUGAAGAAUGCCAACUCCAAAUUGUCGAUUACGUUAAGAAAUUACUACAAGACCAAGAACAGAUUAAUUUUGACGGGUACACCUUUACAGAACAAUUUACCUGAACUAUGGGCAUUGUUGAAUUUUGUUUUACCUCGUAUCUUUAACUCUGUCAAGAGUUUUGACGAAUGGUUUAACACUCCUUUCGCUAACACAGGAUCUCAAGAGAAAAUCGAAUUAACAGAAGAAGAAUCUCUUUUGGUCAUUAGAAGAUUGCAUAAAGUUUUAAGACCUUUCCUUUUGAGAAGAUUGAAGAAGGAUGUGGAGAAGGAUUUACCUGAUAAGGUUGAAAAGGUGAUUAAAUGUAAAUUAUCAGGAUUACAAUACGUGUUGUAUCAACAGAUGCUAAAGCAUAAUGCAUUCUUUGUUGGCAAUGAAGGCGGUGGUGCUGCCAAAACUGGUAUAAAAGGCUUGAACAACAAGAUUAUGCAAUUACGAAAAAUCUGUAACCAUCCAUUUGUGUUCCCUGAAGUUGAAACUAUUCUCAGCAGUCUGGGAAUGACUAAUGAUUUGAUUUGGAGAACUAGUGGUAAGUUUGAGUUAUUGGAUCGUAUUUUACCCAAGUUCAAAGCUCUGAAUCACAGAGUAUUGAUGUUUUUCCAAAUGACUCAAGUCAUGACUAUUAUGGAGGACUUUUUGAUUUGGAGAGGUAUGAAGUAUCUUAGAUUGGACGGUAGUACCAAGGCAGAAGACAGACAAGACAUGUUAAAGGAGUUCAAUGCACCCAAUUCCGAAUACUUCUGCUUCCUUUUAUCCACUAGAGCUGGUGGUUUAGGUUUAAAUUUACAAACGGCAGAUACAGUUAUUAUCUUCGAUACUGAUUGGAAUCCUCAUCAAGAUUUACAAGCACAAGAUAGAGCCCAUCGUAUUGGACAAAAAAAUGAGGUCCGUAUUUUAAGAUUAAUUACUAAUGAUUCAGUGGAAGAAGUUAUUUUGGAAAGAGCACAUCAGAAAUUGGAUAUUGAUGGGAAAGUUAUUCAAGCAGGUAAGUUUGAUAACAAAUCUACAUCUGAAGAACAAGAAGCAUUUUUGAAGAGAUUGUUAGAAGCAGAGGCAACUCGUGACUCAGAUGAAGAAAAGUCUGAAUUAGAUGAUGAUGAAUUGAAUGAUAUAUUAGCAAGAAAUGAUGAUGAAAGAGAAUUAUUUGCUAAUUUAGAUGUUGAUCGAAUGGCUGGAGAUAAGCAACAGAUGCGUAAUGGAAUCUACAGCACCCGUUUAAUAGAAAUUGAGGAAUUACCAUCAGUUUUCACCGAGGACAUUACCAAGCACAUGGAACGGGAAACUAAGGAUUUGAGUCGGAUGAGAGAAAAGAAGAGAAUUCGUUAUGAUGAUGGGUUGACAGAAGAGCAGUGGUUAAAUGCAAUGGAUGAUGAUAAUGAUACAGUUGAAGAUGCCAUUAGAAGGAAAGAAUUACGUAAAGCUCGCCGAAUUAGGAAUGGCAGUAUGAGAGGAUCAGCUAAUGAUUCAAUGGUAGAAAGUGGAGAUGUUAGUGAAGUUGAUGAACAACCUCGGAAGAGAAGUAGAAGAUCAAGAUCAGCCUCUGCAACACCUGGAGGGGUUGGAGGAGCCAAUGGAUUUGUGGAAAACGAAGAUGACGUAAUGGCCGAUGUUACUGCUGACUCCGAAGAUGGCUCUGAUGUUGAAGUUGGUGGCUCUUCUUCUCAUGAAUACAUCGUUAAAUGCAACAAGAUCAUUGAAGAGAUAUCCAACUUGAAGGCACCAACAGACGGUCAUGGUGUCAUUGAUGUUUUUAUGUCACUCCCACUGCGUAAGGUGUAUCCUGAUUAUUAUCAGAUCAUCAAACGUCCUGUUUCCAUCAACCAAGUCAAGAAACUGUUGAAGCAAGAAAAGUUUGAACUGUUUGAAGAAUUCAUUGCAGAGUUACAAACUAUGGUUGAUAAUGCAAAGACUUACAAUGAAAGUGGGUCAUGGGUUUAUGAUGAUGCUUUAGCUGUGGAAAAUGUUCUUCAAGGUUACAGAAAUUGA